UGCUAGCUUAACGUUCAUCACUCUGUGAGCAUUAGCAUUUCGCUGUUGCACAAGGACUUUUGAAUCUUUAAGCUCAUUUAAACGGUAGACGGACACAAAAGAACAAGUGUAUAUUUUAAUUAUUUGUACGCGAAACUAAAACGUUUAUCUUGGACGCGGUCACGUUUGUAUUUCGUCGUUAAUGUACUUGUAGCUAAAGCGGCUAAUGCUAACCGGCUAGCUGCUAUCCUGUCAGAGAGCAGAGCAGAGAGUUGGUCCAUGUGAUUCAAGUUACACUUUAGUCACAGUUUUCCUCUCAAAUAAUGCUACCAACCCAAACGUUAUGUAACACAUGUUAUAAAACAGUGUCAUAGUUGUAUUUCGGUUAAUAUUACCAGCAGAAUGAGGGCUUGUUUUGGUGUUAAAACACAGCUGUUGAUAAGCAGAGUCUUCAGUCAUCCUCUCAGUCCAUCAGCUGCAGUGCGAUGGCGAGCAGCUCAGACCAGACUCUUCUGCAGCCCGCCAACAGGUGAGGAAAAGCCCCAACCCUCCAUGCUGCGACACCUGACCUCCAAAAUAAAAGCCACAGGUCCAAUUACAGUGGCGGAGUACAUGAGAGAGGUGCUCACCAACCCAGUGACGGGUUAUUAUGUGAGGAACAACAUGCUGGGACCUGAUGGAGAUUUCAUCACAUCACCAGAAAUCAGUCAGAUUUUCGGAGAGUUGCUCGGCGUGUGGAUCAUCAGUGAGUGGAUGGGAGCAGGUCGACCCAAACAUCUGCAGCUGGUUGAGCUCGGACCUGGAAAAGGAUCAUUGGCCAGCGACAUCCUCAGAGUGUUCAGUCAGUUGCAGUCCGUGCUGGGCGGAGCCUCGGUGUCCCUCCACCUGGUCGAGGUGAGUCCGGCUUUGAGUCGUAUUCAGGCCCAGACCCUGACAGGAAACCACAGCCAGCAGGCAGACACCGAAGAUGAGCCUGUGUACCGCCGUGGGGAAACUGCUGCAGGGCUGCCGGUGUCCUGGUACCGCCGCUUAGAGGACGUCCCCUCAGGAUUCAGCAUCUUUCUCGCUCAUGAGUUCUUUGACGCUCUGCCGAUCCACAAAUUUCAGAGGACGAAGAAAGGCUGGAGGGAAGUGAUGGUGGACAUCGACCCAGAGAAGCCGGGCCAGCUGAGGUUCGUCGUGGUGCCGUCUCCUACUCUGGCCUCAUCCACGCUCAUACAGGCAGAUGAAAGGCGAGGUCAUGUGGAGGUGUGUGCGGAGGGCGGAGUCUUUGUCCAGCAGCUGGCCCGGAGGAUCGAAAAUGACGGCGGUGCGGCGCUGAUCGCUGACUAUGGCCACGACGGAACCAAGACCGACACAUUCAGAGGUUUUAAAGGUCACCAGCUCCAUGACGUCCUGUCCUCCCCCGGCUCGGCCGACCUCACUGCCGACGUGGACUUUAGCUACCUGCGGAAGAUGGCCGGAGGGGGCGUGGCCUGUCUGGGACCCGUCACUCAGAGGCUGUUCCUGAAAAACAUGGGCAUCGACUCCCGAAUGCAGGUUCUGCUGAGGAACUGCAGCGAUGCGUCCACCAGGAAGCAGCUGAUCAGCAGCUACGACAUGCUGACCAACCCCGCCAAGAUGGGCGAGCGCUUCCUCUUCUUCAGCCUGCUGCACCACAGCCGGCUGGCCGAACCAAAAAAGCAAGUGGGGCUGAAGCUGGAGAAGAAGAGCCCGGCACCGCUUCCUGUGGCCGGAUUCACUGAACUCAGCUUCUCCUGAUGGUCUUCAACGGUCCAGAGACUUUCAUCAGCAGGGCGGAGAAGGCUGGAAAUGAUCCGAAGUUUUGGAACUCAGACAUUAAGGGAUGUUUUAGAGGAUCAUGGGACGAUUUACAGCUGAUAUUAAAAAGACUGAAAAGAAACUUGCUGUACUCUACCAAAUAUAAUAUCCACCUUGAAGUGAGUUUUUCUUGAAGUUAACUGUGAAAACAUUUUGAUUUAUUAAUGUAAGAAAAAUAAAGAAUUUCAGCAUUUUAUUUGCAUUUAUUUUUUGAAAACGAUAUACCGUUUCCUAUCAACUUGAAAAGGCCAUCUUAUUUUCCAAAUUCUGCGGUUUGGUUCCUACAUGGCCUAUCCUCACCUGAUACUGAGAGAAAACUGUGACACUGUUAAAGGUCAGAGGUCAUUCUUGCAGCAGGAGGAUCUUUUUCCCUCCUUGCUGCUCUGCCGCCUGCCUCCGUCCACAUCUUGAAGCAGUUAGCUGAGCUCACAGUUGUGCAGCAGCCAUUCACAACCAGCUCGUCCGGUAGCAAUUAAAAGAUUCAGUUACACAUGUGGGGGGUCGCUGCUGCCAAAACAAGCAGCCGUCCCUGCAGAGGAGCGGUGGAGCGAGGCGAUCAGGUUCAGGAUUGGUAAUUAAAUGAUCGUUUCCAAACAUCCUGCUGCGGAUCGUUAUCAGCUUUUCCUCUCAUUCAGGAGGGGCUGUUUUUUUUUGUUGUUUUUUGUUUUGGUGAUGAGUCUGACUUUAUUAGGCCUUC